AUGCCUCCCAAAAAAUCAUCUUCUACCAAAAAUGGUGCACCUAUCAACCAAUGCAUGCUUCAGACUAAAAUGAGCCAUCGCACUGAUGCUGAGUCUGAUACCCAAGACCACCCCAAGACUGAUGACCCUGUCACAGAUGAUGAGGACAAUGGUGAAGGACAAGUGGAUGCUCACAAGGGUAAUCUUGUAGAUGAUCCCAAAAUUUGUGAAUCCUUACCCCCCUCUGAUACUCCAGAGGAUGAAGAUUCUUCCUUGGAGAACAACUACCUGUACCAAAAUCAAGAAGCAAGGAGAUGGGCUGAAUGCCAUGCAAUGCUUGCUCAGCAUGAUCCUUCCUCUUCUGAAGAGGAGUCUGAUGAAGAUGAUGAAUACAAAGAAGAUCAAGAUGCCGACGAAGAAAAAGAAGAAGAAGACAAUGACAAUGACAAUGAGAUACCUGCACCUCCAUCAAAGGCGAAAUUGCCCAAGAAGCAUGCGCCUCCAAAAGCUCUCCCCCCAAAAUUCACAGUAACAGAGACUCCCCCAUCCACCCAGGUACUCCAGGCUGCUGUGCAUGUGAUGAUGAAGUCAGUCAAGAAGAGUGCCAUCUCCAGUGCUCUGCCAAAAAGCUCCAUGGCAAUGGAGACUGAUGAUGACAACAAUGACCUUCCCAUCACUUCUAGACCUGGGUGGCUGUGCCGGGAAGGCAUAGAUGACGUGCAGGAGCUUGGGCACAAGACACUUCACACUGCCAAGAUAAUUGGUGACAAAUAUGGAAAAUCUGCACAUACAAUACUCAUUGAGGCCAGGUUGUCUGUGAAACACUCCAGGGCAGAGACCCCAUGGAACAUGCACCAAGGAUGGUACAAAGGAAAAUAUCCUCGAGAAACUGAUGAAGAACUUGGUGAUUGGAGAAAGAGACAGCAUGACCACUACUACAGCCUUCAAGACAGUGACCUGCUUAUUGUUAUGUCUACAAGGGAUGCACUCACUAAGUGUAUUGGAUUAUUACUGCAGCAAAUCAUGGUCCUUGAGAAACUAGAACAAUUCGGCUACAAAAUGAAGUCUGUCCAGUGGCAGAAGUUACUCAAUGUUGCAUACCAGAACAAGUUUCAAUUCAAACUCUGGCCUGACGAAGUUCCCCCGGUUGGCCCAGACUUCAACUACCACACCCUCAGCACACAACACCUGAAGUUACUUGUCAUGCCUUACAUCAAGUGCAAGGCUUCACAACAUUAUGACACUGAACUGAAGACAGAAGCUGAGAACUUACUCAAACUUCAGCGCAAGCAAGGAUGCAGCGAUAAAACUCUUGAUGAUAUCAUUGACAAGUUGGACAUCGCUGUGUCUGAGAUUGAUAUUGUUCCUUGGCUGAAAGAUCACAUCAAGCAAUGUGAAAAAGAUAACCCCAAAAUGUUUGACAUUCCUUUGAAACUUAGGGACUCCAAGAAAUUCAAGCACUCCAUCCACAAAGGGUUGCUUCAAAAGUACAAGGAAGCAACAUCAAUAUGUGGUUUAAAUGUCAGUGCCCCUUUGGGAGGAAGGCAGCUUGAAGAUACUACUCAGGAUCACUGGUCUCAACAACAGACCUCCACUGCUUGUGAAUAUUCAAUUGUUUGUGAGAAGCACUACACUGAUGAUGGUCUGCCCAUUCCAGAAUGCUGCCCAUUGGUAUUUCAGCAACAGAAGUCUCACAAGCAACCACAUGCAGAGGAUUAUGGCAAGUCCAUGAAUUACUUGCAGGUUCUAAUUAAGUGUCUAGCAGAUCAACAACUUGAAUCUGAGGUUGAUAGCUUGAAUGCAUCAAACUCUUGCAUCACAAAGAAGUCAAAGUUAAUUUUCAGGUUCCACAUGUUGAAUUGCCACCUCUGCACUUUGUCCCUGCUCAUCCUUGACCUCGACUUCAAUCUCAACCUCGCCCUUGUGCACCUACAUCUGACUAUGAACUACCUCAACACUGGGAUGAUGAGGCCCUUUGAGAGUGGUUGCAAGGGCAUUUUGAAUGACUAUGUGUUUUGUGGUCCCAAACUGUGGUGCACAAUGGGCACUCAAAAGAUAAUGUCAGCAUUGAAGAGUUUUCAUAUGUUUGCUGGGUCAUCCCAAGGAUCAAUUGAUGUGGGUCAGCCCAGUGUCUAUGUAAUAUGUGGUGGGCCAGCCCAGGGCUUGUAUUGGGCUGUCCCAUACAUAUACUGUCCCUUGAAUAUUGAACAAGUUAGGCAACAAGAACAGAAGGGCUUGGUGAUCUGGUCCAUGGAAGCCCCAUACUGGUGGGUUGAAGCCCAAUGGCAUUUAACCUAUUGGUAG